AUGUCAAAUGCAGUUGUAUCGUCAGAAUGUUCAAAUAAUUAUUGUAACUCCAUAGAAUCUAUAGAACAUUCAAGACGAUCAGACAUUUCUGAAGAUGAUUUAUUAUUAAAUUUAAAUAAACAAUUUGAUACAAGCAGAUCUGAUAGCGGCAUUUCAACAAUUGAUUCAGCUUACUCUAAGACAUCAUCUACACUAUCAUCUCUCUUAUUAGCUGAACAUCAUAAUAAUAAUAUAAACAACAACAAUAAUUAUUUUUAUGAUGAACAUUCACAAAAUAAUAAUAAUAAUGGAAUUGAUGUUGUGAAACUGCUGAAACUCAAAUCCACUGAGGAUGAAACGCAACAGAUUUCAAACAGUUCAAGCUUAGAGUCACUAACAUCGCUCGACAAUCAACAAGAUUCAUUGGAGCAUAAUGCCAAUGCUGAUGAUGAGGAUGGUGAUGAGCUUGGCUCAGGAUCAACUUCUUGUUCAGAAGAUUCUUUUGAGAUGUCCUCCACCUGCAGCAAUCGUGAGACACCAGAAACAAGUCCUUUACGAGGAGGCCGUAAUGAUGUUAAAACCAAAUGGAAUCAGACACGUUUACACAAAGGAUUGGCUGAUGAUGAUGAAGAUGAAGAUGAACUUCUCGGCGAUUGCCUUCGACGUAUUCAUCCUGAGUUAAUGAUGUCAACGACAUCAUCAGGGAUCCAUGAUGUAUCGAUGACAAAUACUUGUCAAUCAGUCUCUCGUGCCUCAGUUCGAGAAAGUAUUAGUCGCGAAUUGAGUAAUUUAGAUACAGGAUUGCCUGAGUUGGAUUUCGAUAAGCUUGAAGAGCAAUUGAAGCAAGCAGCUCGUGAACGAGAAGAUCACGAACGUAAACUUCUAGGAGAAGAGGUUCGCCGUCGUCUUGCUCUCCAGGUCGAUUCCACUACUGGUCCUUGUCCAGUUGUCAACACUCGUCCCAACCGAUCAAAUCUAGCCAUGCGACUACAAACAGCCAUGAAUCUUCAGGUCUGCUAUAUGAACGAACUAGCUGAAAGUACAGCAGAAGAAGACGACGAUGAUGAUGAUGAAACAACUGAUAGUGAAAACGAAGAAGAAGACGAUAAUGUCUCAGCAUUCAGCUCCUUCAUGUCAAAGUCACGUUCUUCACCUAAUUUGAGAAAAUCAAGUAGACCAGGAUCAUCAAAAGAAGCUCCAGAGCUAGAGAGACUUCGCCAAAAAGCAUUAGACGACAGAGAAUUGGAUGGAUAUGAACGUCAAAAGCUAUUGGUGUCAGAAACCCGCAGGGUUUUAGAUAGCGCAAAACUGGAAGCUAUUCGAUCAGCUGAACAUUUUAGAAGAACCAAAUCUAAAGCAUGUGUGGUACCACGACAGUCUAGACAGCAUUUGAGCAAGAUGUCAUGGCAACAAAUCCAAAGAAUACACGAUAUAAUGUCUUCUGCUAUAGCACAGAAAAACGUAGAGUUGGUCAAUUUGCUGAUUGAUCGCGAUGGUUUACAUAUGGAGCAUGAUUCUCUUCUGGUGGACAUUGAAGACUUCACUGAGCACGAAGCUCAAGCAUCAGCUUUAGAUUUCCGUCAAUUACUUCGUAUGCAAACCGGGGAUUUACCACCAGCACCUCGAAGUGUUUCCUCAGUAGGACCAACAUUCCCUGGCUCUUCAACGAGCGAAAUAAAGAAUAGGGCUCCUUCAGCCAAAGUAUCAGCUCCAACGCCAUUGACAACUCCGACGAGUCCGUCAAGAAGCUUUGUGGCAUCUCUUUCACUUCUUUCCACAUCAUUGCCUGCUCUUCCAAAAUCUCUUUCAAAGUUUAGUUUAUUUGGAACCAAUUCAUCUUCAUCCUCAUCAACCUCUUCAUCAACAUCGACAACAAACAGUUAUCGAUAA